GGAAACGAAAGCGAAACCGCGCGGCCGCCAUCAUGGCGCCGCCGCCGCUGCUGGUGCGGCUCAGCCCCGCUCCCGGCGCCGCCGGCGAGAAGCUGCGCCUCAAGCUCGAGAGAUACUUCCAGUCAUGGAGGCGGUCGGGCGGGGGCGAGUGCGAGGUGCGGCCGGGCCCCGAGCCCGGCACCUUCCGCGUGUACUUCAAGCAGGAGCAAGACAAGAAGGAAGUGGAGUCCCGCACAGAGCACGCCGUGGAAGCCGGCGGCAGGACGCUGAAGAUAACCAUCGAGGCAGAGGAGGGGGACCGGAGCGAAAGCCAGCGCCCAGCGCUCGCCUCCCCGCACCGCUUCUCCCCGCCUCCGCGGAGCCCCGCGAAGCAGCAGGCGGCGGGAGGCUGUGGGGGCUCCGCGGCUGAAGACGUCACCAAAAAGAUUUUUCUUACAGUAUCUGCAACUUUGAAUACCAGUAUGUUCACUGAACAGCAAAGGGAGAACAUUACCGUGAUAUGUCCAAAUUUAAGAAGAGAAAGAAAUCUUGGUAUUGAUGGCUCUGAGACACUGACAGGAGACUAUGCAGAUAUUGAAAAAGUGUACCACUACUUUAAGGGUCUCACUGCAGGCAAUGACCAAGGCCAUGAUUUUUCACGUUCUGAAAGCAAAAAUGAUUUGGGAGAUGAGAAUGGUCUGAAUACAGAAGAAGUGCUUCAGGUUCCAUCGUAUCUCUGUGAAUACUUUAGACAUGCCUACAAAGAGCAAAUUAAAGAGCUAUGUGAACGUUUUGGAGUAGAUAUAAAAAGUAAAGAGAGUGACAAUGGAAACACAUCAGUGUGCUUCACUUCUGAUGUAAGCCCCGCAUCAAUACAGGCAGCCAAAAAGUUUUUUACCGAGACUUUUCAGAAAAGUAUACACGGUCUGAAACAGGAAAAAAUUCCCUUUACAAACAAUAACCAGUUAAAUGAGACAAUAGUGAAAUUAAAUGCUAGGUUUAGUAAUCUUCUCUCCAAACAGGAAGGGAACCAACUGCUGCUCUGUGGUCCAAUAAGUGAGAUUAUGGCUGCCAAAAAAUUUCUGGAGAAGGAAAGUGAGAACAGCCAAGCUGAAAAGAAUAUGAAUAUAUCAGCUGGACUUUACAAAUACAGGUGUGGAAUUGAAGUUGAUGCUUCUGAGUUUAAACUGUUGGAAGCAAUAUUAAACAAAGAAAUUGAAGACAUUAAACAAAAUUUUGAUACUCUUGUGGAAAAGAAAGACAGUUCAUGUGGCCAGAAGAUGAUCAUCAUAUUUAGGCCCAGGAUCAAUGUUUUUGAUAUGUCUUCACAUGCUACUGAAAGUUUUAUCAAUGCAUUUCAGAAUGCCUCUGCAAUGCUAAGAGAAAAAGUCAUCAGCUGGAAGCUUUCAGAAGAUCAUAGAAAAAGAUUAAAUAUGCUUCUUGAUGGAAAACAAUUGGAAAAUCUGCAUAUAAAGCUUAAGAAGAAGGAAGACAAAUUUGUUUUAAGUGGUUUACCAGACCAUCUUUGUGCUGCUGAAAAGCACAUUAUGAACCUUCUUGACAUCAGAGACACUACACAAACUAAAAACAGAAAAGCACUGGCUUCUGAUCUCUGCUAUCAAGAAGCUUCAAGAGUGUCUGAGAUGAAAUAUAGUAGUUGGCAAAAGAAUAAUUUUUCUUCCAAAGAACAGGCUAAGCCAAAGGCAAAGGAUGAAGAACAGGAAAAAGAUGUGUGUCCUAUUUGCCAGGAUAGCUUUAACAAUAAACAAGUACUGCCAAAGUGCAAACAUGCAUUUUGCCAAAGUUGCAUUCAGCAGUCAAUGACUUAUAAGAAAGCAUGUCCUGUUUGUAAUACCUGCUAUGGACCUGUGCAAGGAGAUCAACCAGAAGGAAAAAUGUCAUUUAAAAUGAUUUCAGCAGAACUCCCUGGCUAUCCCAGAUGUGGUACUAUUGAGAUUACAUAUGAUAUAUUCAGUGGUAUUCAAACUAGCAAUCAUCCAAACCCAGGGAAACCUUUCUGUGGAACCUCUCGAAGAGCGUAUUUACCUAACAAUAAGGAAGGACAAGAAAUUCUGCAGCUCCUCAGAAGAGCCUUUGACCAAAAAUUGAUUUUCACAGUGGGGCAGUCACGUACUACUGGUGCAAAAGGUGUCAUCACAUGGAAUGAUAUUCACCAUAAAACACAAAUGCAUGGAGGACCUACAAAGUUUGGCUAUCCUGAUCCUGAUUAUCUGCAACGGGUUCGAUCAGAACUGAAAGCAAGAGGUAUUGAAUAAAGGAUCCUACCAACUAUCUGCCUUCAAGUGUAAUAACUGAACACACAGCAGUUAAUCUGCUAUUUAAGGACUAAGAAGAAAGAAGUUAUUGUUCAGCUGCCAUACUUCCUUUCUCAAAACUGAAAUACUCAUUUGAAUUUCAGAGUCAGCUGAAGAAAUUUGUUUUGAUCACAAGAUACAUGUCCUUUUUAAAAACCUUUUACUUAUUUGAAUCAUGCUCUUACAUAAGUAACUUAGAGAAUUUGGGUCUUCUGAGUGCAGCAUCGUUGUCGAUAUUCUUUUAUUAUUACAUGAUCAAUCAUGUAUCGGCAUUGAAUUACUAAUUGAUAUAAUUUAAGGAAAUUGAAAUUUUACAAAUAUGGGUUGAAUUCAGCAAAAACUUUGGCUGCAAAUGCAGAAGAUACCUGGAAAACUAAGAUAUUUUUCUAGCUAAAAUUCUUUGGAGGGUGCAAAACACCUCUAGAUUAGAAUACUCAUUUUUAAUUGUAAUUGCCAAAUUACCCAUUUUUUAGGGAAGAGGUUAAACUUGCUUAAUGUGAAACUAAUUAGGUAUUUUCCAAUCGAAUUAAAUAUUUCUGAUUGACAUAAACGUUUUCCAGCAGAUGGUUAUAUGAUCUGUCCAUGAUGACAGCUGUAAAAACUGAAGUGUUUGAUUAAAGAAAAGCCAAUACUAGAUGGUGAACCCCAGUUCACUAUCACUAGUAAAAUGAGAAAAAGAUACAUAGUUUGAUAUUUGAUCUUAUGUAGCUGGUAUAGUAUCAGUUUUGUAAUGCUAAGAACUUUUGCUUUUUUCCUCUUUUCAAGGAAAAAAAUGUAAUUAGUGAUUUCAGUUUUAAAUGUGAAAUUAGCAUGAAUGUUGUAUGAUAGGUAGCAUAUGUAGAUGCUGAUCGAUUUUUAACUGCAGAAAUGCUGGAUGCUCAAAGCCUCAUUGGAUUAAACAAAGUAUCCAGUGCCUAUGACCAUCUCUGAUAAUGAGGCUGUGGUUCUGAACCUUUCAUUGUAUUUAAGUUUAAAUAAAACUUAAUUCAACUUCA